GUGACGAGCAACGGCAGCGCCGGGGGAGGGGACGGGGCCGAGACGCCGCGACAGCCCCAACAACCCCCCCCCAACGCCUGGCAGGUCAUCAAGGGGGUCCUGUUCAGGAUUUUCAUCAUCUGGGCCAUCAGCUCCUGGUUCCGGAGGGCGCCGGCGCCGCAGGAGCCCAACAGCUCCGGGGGGACCCCGAGGGCUCCCAGCAGGAACCUCUUCCCCAAGGACACCCUCAUGGAUCUGUACGUGUACAUCUCGGAGCACGAGCACUUCACGGAUUUCAACGCCAGCUCCGCCCUGUUCUGGCAGAAGCGCGACCUCGUCUACGGCGACUGGACCAGUGGCGACAACGCCGACGGCUGCUACGAGCACUACGGCGAGCUCGACAUCUCACAGAGUGUCCAACAGAACGGCUCCAUCUACGUCCACGUUUACUUCACCAAGAGCGGGUUCCACCCCGACCCCCGGCACAAGAACCUCUACAGGAGACUCGCCACCGUCCACACGUCCCGCAUGAUCAACAAGUACAAGCGCCGGCGCUUCCAGAAAACCAAGAACCUCCUGACGGGGGAGACGGAGGCAGAUCCCGAAAUGAUCAAGAGGGCGGAGGAUUUCGGCCCCGUGGAGGUGAUUUCCCACUGGCACCCCAACCUGACCAUCAACAUGGUGGACGAUCACACGCCCUGGGUGAAGGGCAGCGUCCCCCCGCCCCUGGACCAGUACGUGAAGUUCGACGCUCUGAGCGGGGACUAUUUCCCCAUCCUGUACUUCAACGACUACUGGAACCUGCAGAAGGAUUAUUUCCCCAUCAACGAGAGCCUGCAGCGCCUGCCCUUCCGUCUGUCCUUCUGCCCCCUGUCCCUGUGGCGCUGGCAGCUCUACGCCGCCCAGAGCUCCAAGUCCCCCUGGAAUUUUUUGGGAGAGGACCUGUACGAGCAGUCGGACGAGGAGCAGGACUCGGUCAAGGUCAGGGAGAGGGGAGGGGGGUCUGACCCCGGGGAGUG